AAAGAACAUUAAAAUUUGGGGAUGUGAAUGAGAAUUAUUUAAUUAUAAAUGAGAAAAACAUUGGGAAACAUAUUGUUUUCUUAUCCACUUUACUUCUAUCAAGUGUGAGCACUAUUUUUUAUUCGCUGGCUCCUAUGGGAAUUAAGCACUCGUCCCGCUGUAUGCUCCUCAGGAGAAAAAUGGCGGAGUCUGAGAGCAUAGAGCAACCACAGCCACAGCCGCGGCCAAUCCGCAUAAUUCCGUCCCAGUCGGCGCAGCCCACCUCGUUGCCCAAGCCGGUGCCUUCCAUACAGCAUGCCUCACGGCCGCCUCUGCCACCACACACGCCCCAUGCUGCCAGCCUCCCUAGCUGUCCUGGGCGGGGGAAGAUGUCCAAGUUCCUUAGCCCGGAGGACAUGACCUCACGGGACUACUACUUUGACUCUUAUGCCCACUUUGGUAUACAUGAGGAGAUGCUGAAGGACGAAGUGAGGACGCUCACCUACAGGAACUCCAUGUACCACAACAAGCAUGUCUUCAAGGACAAAAUAGUGUUGGAUGUUGGAAGCGGGACCGGAAUCCUGUCCAUGUUUGCAGCCAAGGCAGGGGCAAAGCAUGUGUAUGGGAUUGAAUGUUCCAGUAUAUCAGAGUACUCAGAGAGGAUCAUCAAGUCCAACCACCUCGACAGUGUGAUCACCAUCUUCAAAGGCAAGGUGGAGGAGGUGGAGCUUCCUGUUGAGAAGGUUGACAUCAUAAUUUCUGAGUGGAUGGGUUACUGUCUCUUCUAUGAAUCCAUGCUCAACACCGUCAUCUUUGCCAGGGACAAGUGGCUGAAACCCGGUGGAUUAAUGUUUCCUGACCGUGCCUCUCUGUAUGUGGUGGCCAUAGAAGACAGGCAGUACAAAGACUUCAAGAUACACUGGUGGGAGAACGUUUAUGGCUUCGACAUGACCUGUAUACGUAAUGUGGCCAUGAAGGAGCCUCUGGUGGACGUAGUGGACCCCAAACAGGUGGUGACCAAUUCCUGCCUCAUCAAGGAGGUGGACAUCUACACAGUGAAGACUGAGGACCUCUCAUUUACCUCAGCGUUCUGCCUGCAGAUCCAGAGGAAUGAUUAUAUCCAUGCACUGGUCACCUACUUCAACAUUGAGUUCACAAAGUGUCACAAGAAAACUGGUUUCUCCACCGCACCAGAUGCUCAAUAUACCCACUGGAAGCAGACAGUGUUUUACCUUGAGGACUAUUUGACGGUGCGGAGAGGAGAGGAGAUCGUCGGCAGCAUUGCUAUGAAGCCUAAUGAGAAAAAUAUUCGCGACUUGGACUUUACCUUCGAGCUGGAUUUCAAAGGGCAGCUGUGUGAAGCAGCCAUAUCCCACGACUACAAGAUGCGUUAAGUUUGACUGGAGGACAUUGUUUGUCCACUGAGAACAACCCCUGAGCACCUGAGGGAGACAGACACUCCCAUGACCACAGACAGACACACUGUGUAAUGUAUGAGGGGAUAGAAUAAGAGAAAAGCCCAGCCCGAAGACCAGGCAGAGGU